AUGGUGGAUCCAACCUCAUCUAAGCUUGAGGAUAAGGGUCAACCCUCUUCGGACCCGAAAAGUGAGAAGAAGGAUUAUUCCACAGCAAUAUUAGAAUGCAAGAAGUCUCCCAACCGACUUAUUGUUGAUGAAGCAGUUAACGAUGAUAAUUCUGUGGUUACAUUGCACCCUGAAACCAUGGACAAGCUUCAGUUAUUCAGGGGAGACACUGUUCUGAUAAAGGGAAAGAAGCGAAGGGACACAAUUUGUAUUGUUCUGGCUGAUGAACAUUGUGAUGAACCAAAAAUUAGGAUGAAUAAGGUUGUUCGGGCUAAUCUUAGAGUGAGACUUGGAGAUGUUGUCUCUGUUCAUCAAUGUCCUGACGUGAAGUAUGGAAUACGAGUUCACAUCCUUCCAAUUGACGACACCAUUGAGGGUGUAACUGGCAACUUGUUUGAUGCAUAUCUGAAGCCAUAUUUUCUGGAGUCGUACCGGCCUGUGAGAAAAGGGGAUUUGUUCCUUGUUCGGGGUGGAAUGCGUAGCAUUGAAUUCAAGGUUAUAGAGACUGAUCCUGGUGAAUACUGUGUUGUGGCACCUGAUACUGAAAUCUUCUGUGAGGGAGAGCCAAUCAAACGGGAAGAUGAAGAGAGACUGAAUGAAGUUGGCUAUGAUGAUGUUGGUGGUGUUAGGAAACAAAUGGCUCAAAUUCGUGAGCUGGUAGAACUUCCACUUAGACAUCCACAGCUCUUCAAAUCAAUUGGUGUUAAGCCCCCAAAAGGAAUCUUGCUUUAUGGACCACCUGGUUCUGGAAAGACUCUGAUUGCAAGAGCAGUUGCUAAUGAGACUGGUGCAUUCUUCUUUUUGAUUAAUGGACCAGAAAUAAUGUCAAAGCUGGCCGGUGAGAGUGAAAGCAAUCUGAGGAAGGCAUUUGAAGAAGCUGAAAAGAAUUCCCCUUCUAUCAUUUUUAUUGAUGAAUUAGACUCGAUUGCUCCAAAGAGGGAAAAGACACAUGGUGAAGUGGAGAGGCGUAUAGUUUCACAACUUUUGACUCUUAUGGAUGGCCUCAAAACCCGAUCACACGUCAUUGUUAUUGGAGCCACAAAUAGACCCAAUAGUAUUGAUCCUGCUCUGAGAAGAUUUGGAAGGUUUGAUAGGGAGAUUGACAUUGGAGUACCAGAUGAAGUUGGAAGGUUGGAGGUUCUUAGAAUUCAUACUAAGAACAUGAAACUUUCAGACAAUGUUGAUCUUGAAAAAGUUGCCAGAGAUACCCAUGGUUAUGUUGGAGCAGAUCUAGCUGCUCUUUGCACAGAGGCUGCACUACAAUGUAUUCGGGAGAAAAUGGAUGUCAUUGACUUAGAGGAUGAAACAAUUGAUGCUGAGGUGUUGAAUUCCAUGGCUGUGACUAAUGAACACUUUCAAACUGCUUUGACUUCUUCAAACCCAUCCGCCCUGCGUGAAACAGUGGUGGAGGUUCCAAAUAUUUCCUGGGACGACAUUGGAGGCUUAGAAAAUGUCAAAAGGGAGCUUCAGGAGACUGUUCAAUACCCAGUGGAACAUCCAGAGAAGUUUGAGAAAUUUGGCAUGUCACCUUCCAAAGGUGUUCUUUUUUAUGGUCCUCCUGGCUGUGGUAAAACCCUGCUUGCAAAAGCAAUUGCUAAUGAGUGCCAAGCCAACUUUAUAAGUGUUAAGGGACCUGAGUUGUUAACAAUGUGGUUUGGUGAAAGUGAGGCAAAUGUUCGGGAGAUAUUUGACAAGGCUCGACAAUCAGCUCCUUGUGUGCUUUUCUUUGAUGAACUUGACUCAAUUGCCACCCAGCGAGGCGGUUCUGUGGGGGAUGCUGGUGGUGCUUCGGAUAGGGUGUUGAACCAAUUGUUAACUGAAAUGGAUGGUAUGACAGCGAAGAAAACAGUUUUCAUCAUUGGGGCAACAAACAGACCAGACAUUAUAGACCCUGCAUUGCUCAGGCCUGGACGUCUGGAUCAAUUGAUUUACAUCCCUUUACCGGACGAAAGUUCACGUCUUCAAAUCUUCAAGGCAUGCCUCAGGAAGUCACCGAUCUCAAAGGAUGUUGACCUUGCAGCUCUUGCCCGUUAUACUCAUGGAUUCAGUGGAGCAGACAUUACAGAAAUUUGUCAACGAGCAUGCAAAUAUGCCAUUAGAGAAGAUAUUGAAAAGGAUAUUGAGAAGGAGAGAAGAAAGAGAGAAAACCCUGAAGCCAUGGAAGAAGAUGACAUUGUUGAGGUCCCUGAGAUAAAGCCUGCCCACUUUGAGGAGUCUAUGAAGUUUGCUAGGCGGAGUGUGAGUGAUGCUGACAUCAGGAAAUACCAACUCUUUGCACAGACCUUGCAACAGUCGCGGGGAAUUGGAUCUGAGUUUCGGUUUCCUGAUCGAAAUGAGGACACUGCAACAGGUGCCUCAGACCCUUUCUCAUCCGUUACAGCUGAGGGAGAUGAUGAUUUGUACAGUUAG